AUGACCCUGGGUCUGCUGUGGCUGGGCCUCCCCCUGCUGGGGGCCCUGCAGACCCAAGCCCAGAACUCCACUCCAACCCUGAUACCACCCAUUCCUCUGCACAUAGGCCCAAUGGAGCCAGAGUUCCAGGAUGACCAGUUCCAGGGGAAGUGGUACGUCUUGGGUGUGGCAGAGAACACAAUUCAGAAUGGAAACCAAUUAAGCAUGUACAGCACCACCUUCGAGCUAAAUGAUGCUGACCACAGCUACAAUGUCACCACCGCUCUGAUCAGGGAGGAUUUGUGUGAAAAUCAGACUUACACUUUCGUCCCAGGUGUCCACCGAAGUCAGUACACCCUGAGCAACACGACAUGGCCCACUGGAACACAGAGCUACACCAUGAGAGUGGUAGCCACCAACUACAAGCAGUUUGCCGUAGUGUUCUCAGAGAAGACUUUUGAAGACACGGUGUACUUCAAAACCAUUGUCUAUGGGAGAACCAAGGAGCUGAGCCCUGAGCUGAAGGAGCGCUUUGUCAACUUUGUCAAGUCUGUAGGCUUCACUGAGGACAACAUUAUCUUUACUGAUCCCAUAGGUGCCUCCUGUCUCUCACCCCCUGUCACUCUACCUAAGGAGCCAUCGAGCUGCCCCACCGGGCACAAUGCCUGA